AUGGGAGACCUUGAGUCUCACUCAUCAGGAGAGGACAAAGCAUCGAGUGCUGCACAAAAGGAAGGAGAAAAGAAGCCUGCAAAGAAAAGGAAAAAGGCAAAGGCCAGUAAGCGGUCAAGGGCAUCAAAAAGGUCCAGAAAGAGCAAAAGCCAGUCACCUAAAGCUCAUGCUCGAAAGAAGUUAACAGUAAGGAGACCAUCUGCUGCCACUUCACCAGAAGAUAUCAAUACAACAGAGGACGUGACUGAGGUAGAAUGCCAACCUACCCCUCCCACGCUACAAGCAGAUUCAGCUGUCCCUGAAACAGCAGACCAGGAGGAGCCUAUCAUGCAAGAGGAGGAAGAGCAAGAAAAAGAAGGUGAUAGAGAGAAUGAGAAAGCGGCUGAAAAGAAUGAGGGUUGGGAUAAGGAUAAAGAGGAUGACAAGGAUGAAGACCUCCCUAGAAAUGAAGGACAACAGGAGCUUGAGAUCCCUCAAUAG